ACGCUGGCGGAAGUCGUCUUUAACCAUGCUGAAAACAACUCACAACGAUUUAAGAUGAAUAUAACCGCUUAAAUAAAUAAAUAAAUCAGCCGUAACGCAGUUUCAGGGCCACCUGUGUUUCAGACAUGAAGCUAAAAGAGUUGGAGAGCUGUCUUCAGCAGGUGGACGCUUUUGAAGAGCCAAAAAUCCUUCUGGAGCAGUAUCCAACUAGUCCUCAUAUUGCUGCCUGCAUGUUGUACACCAUACACAACACGUUUGAUGACAUUGAGGGUAAAUUAGUGGCGGAUCUGGGAUGCGGCUGUGGGGUCCUCAGCAUCGGGGCGGCGAUGCUUGAUGCAGGUCUGUGUGUUGGCUUUGACAUUGAUGAUGACGCACUGGACAUAUUCAGAAGAAACGCAGAGGAAUUUGAGAUUUCUAACAUUGAUCUGGUCCAGUGUGACAUGUGUGCUCUGGAGACAGAGGCUUAUGCCAAGAAGUUUGACACAGUAAUCAUGAAUCCACCAUUUGGUACAAAACACAACCAAGGCAUGGACAUGAAGUUCCUAAGAGCCGCCUUAACAAUGGCAAAGACAGCAGUUUAUUCACUUCAUAAAACAUCAACGCGAGAGCACAUACAAAAGAAGGCUAAAGACUGGGGAGUAAAGAUGGAAGUAAUAGCAGAACUAAGAUAUGACCUGCCAGCAUCUUACAAGUUCCACAAGAAGAAAUCGGUUGACAUCCAGGUGGACUUCCUACGGUUCUCCAAAGCCUGAAGCUUUCACUGGAAUGGAUUUAAGUUGCCUCUGCAUUUUCACCGUUUAUAAUAAAUGUUUUCACAAAAGAAAAGAAAAAAUCUGGGUGUAAC